AUUUCUGUUACUAUAAAUUUUCUAGACCCUACGCCACAUCCUAGGAUAUGGCGCUUUCCUUCGUAUCUGGCGAAUAAUCAGGAACUCUCCCGGCAAUUAAAAGACACAUGGGCAGACUUCCAAAUUACUAAUACGGCCCACGUUUCCAACCCAAAUUUGUUUUGGGAUGCGGGGAAGGCGGUAUUACGUGGUAAAAUCAUUGCCUUUACAUCCGCUUAUAAAAAAAGAAUUCUGCAUAACUUUACUGAGGCUAGUAACCUUCUUAGACAGACACAAAGUGAUAUGGCAGAAUCCAAUACGCAGAAAAACAGGAAA